AGAGGGAGAUAGAUACCCAGGGACAUAGAGAUUAUGCGUGUGUAUAUAUGUUGUAUAUACCAAUAUAUAUAUAUAUUAUAUCUACUGAUGAUCAAAUAAUGCUUUAUACUGAGGUUUCCAAUUCAAUCUCUCUUCCCUCUGGCUUUCUGGAUUCUCUAAUCUCCAAUCUCCAAUCUCCAAUUCGUACCCAUCAGCUCCCCCAUUCAACGGAAUCUAAGCCGUCCGACCCUUGAUUUUUCUUGAAUGAUCUGCACUCAAUAACAUCGUCAUCAACACUGUCCGUCACCAUUAGAAAUGUAGAAAAGCAUAAGAAAAAUCAGAUUAACCGGAACGAAACUAAUCCAUCGAGCCAACCAGUUGAUAUCAUCGUUCUGACCCAUGCAGGUCCAAUAUCUGACCCUCCUCUAUUCCGAAUCGGUAGCAUAAACUUGCUGAUCUCCCUCUCGCAACCUUUCUCAUGCUUCCCUUUACUCAAAUAAAUUAACAAUUAACCACAAACUCGAGUCUUCCAAGCACUCCAAAGCAUUCAACGAAAGCACUUACGCAGUCAUAUGAGAGGAGAAGAGAAGGGAAGAAUUAGAUAUCGAAACACAUCUACAGUCCUUGGGUAACCAACUACCUCCCAGAGUCCCUACCUACCUACUUACCUACCUAUUCACGACCAGCGAGAAUCUAUCAUAUUAUACCAUCACAUCAUCCCAUACCAUCUCAUACCGUAUCAUCCACCUCAUCCACCGGUCCACUCGCUCGGCCACUCACGACAACUCACGACAAUUACUACAACUCCAACAACUCCAUCGUACAUAUUACCUACAUACACACCUACAUACACACACACAUACACACAUACAUACAUACAUACAUAAGACAUACACACACACAUUCACACAUACUACAUCUAACUUAAAACUCAACUUUCAAACCCACCCACCACCAUCCAAGUGACAGCACCCCUCUAGUCAGAAAAAAGGAAAAAAAAAGAAAAACCCUGAAUUGAAUACCAUCAGCCUUCUUUCUUUCUUUCUUUCUUUCUUACUUACUUACUUACUUUCUUUCUCUCCUUCCCUCUUAUUUGCCUUUGCCUUAAUUCUCUACCUAUUACGGAUCAUUCGCCCCAAAAAGUCAAUGAUCCCCGUCUCAAGUCCGUCAUCGAAUCCUAUAGCCCUAUCUCUUCCACUUCUUUCGCCCAUUUCGAAAUCUUAACUCACACACGUCCCAAAGGAGAAGGAUAUUGUUUCAGGAAAGGAUAUACGAACAAACAAGCGAUCAAGAUACCAAGCAAGCAUUGAGAGAGUAAUCAAGAAACCUUCUUUCGACUUUAUUAUUAGAUUUGCUGUCAUCCGUUGUCAUCUGCGCAAAGUCAACCACGAUCCACCUUCAAACCGUCGGUCAAUUUACGAGUACCACGAUCACCCUGCCGCACCAAAUUCGAUAAUUACAAACCUCAUUUCAAGAACCGCAUUUCCACUCUACGUCGCAGUAAAUAGAAACGAUGGCAAUUACGUCCGAAUAAUAUACACUUGGUUAUUUGGUAAACAGAGUCAGUCGCCCACGGAGGGAAGGAAUAUUAUUGUAACAAAAAGGAUAAAGCUUUUGCGCCUCAAAUUCAAAUGGUUGUCAAAGCCGCAACGAGACCUUCACCCAGGUCUUCUCAGUCACAUCCACAUCCACAUUCACAUUCGCAUUCGCAUUCGCAAUCACAUAGAACCGCUACAAAUCCAUCUGCCACGAGCCCAACAAUGAGUCCAGCAACAGGGAGAAUACCUGCAUCCGUAGGGCAAACUCUGCCGCCUACUUCCGCCUUACGAUCCCCAGGUAUUCAAGCCGAGCAAGUUCGGAGUGCCAGUCCAAAUUACUUCGGUCUCAUUGUUGAGCCGUCAAGUAAUCCUAGAGAAACCAACGCCCUACCCAAAGCAAAUUGGAGUCCUACCACGUCUUCCAUAUUCUCAUUUGGUGGUGCCACACCAGAACAUAUACCUAUAAACUCAAAUCCUGAAUUUGAGGCUUUCAAAAAGCAAUCUGAAUCUAACAACAGAUUCAAUCUGAGUCAUGGGGGCCUGGCAAAUUUCUCAAUGUCUCCGGGUCCUUCCUUACUACGUCCCAAGAACGACAAAAAACCCUCCAAAGUCGAUGCACACGAUAGACCUCCGUCACCUAGAUCCAUUCCAAGAAAUAGGGAUGCACCAUCUGAUGUUGAUAGUGGAGCGGAUUCAGCAUAUGUAUCUUCGUCUGAACGAGUCCCUACUUCCUCCACAAACCCUCCUUCAUUCUUCGAAUUCCCACGCCAAAUGUCACCUGCCAGUUUUUCAACUUCAAUGUCACCCGUGCAAAGAAACAACCUCUCACAUCUAGACGAAAGACACCCUAGACUUUCCUUACCUCAAAAUAAAGCAGAUUCUCCAUCGCCACGAGUACCACAACCGCGUCAACACCAGCGAGCGGACACACUCCCGUCGAUGUUAGAAGAUGGGCCAGCCAUGAUUACGCCAGCACAGUUGAAGGAAAUGAUGGAUCGUUGUCCCUCGAUAGAAUUAUUGCUACUCGACUGCCGAACUUUUAGCAUCUUCUCACAAUCAAGAAUUGGAAAUGCCCUCAAUUUAUGCAUACCUACAACCUUGUUAAAACGGCCUUCAUUCAAUCUUCAGAAGCUUCAAGAUACUUUUACAAACGAGGAAGAUAAAACCAGAUUUUCAAAAUGGAGGCAAGCUAAAUAUAUCGUUGCUUAUGACAAUAGAUCUUCAGAUAAAAAAGAUGCAGCACUCGCUAUUAAUACCCUGAAAAAGUUCACCAAUGAAGGCUGGAACGGAGCAAGAUAUAUAUUGAAAGGUGGAUUCGAAACCUUUGCUCAAAAUUUCCCAAGGUCAGUUGACCGGGGUUCAACACAAUCCUCGCAGCCAUCCCGAAUCAACCUGACGCUUGGAACGACAUUGCCUGGAGUUGCACCAGUAGCCGGUGGAUGUGCCAUGCCAGCAACAAAGAAUGCAGCAAAUCCAUUUUUUGGCAAUAUUCGACAGAAUCAAGAUCUCAUGGAUGGUGUUGGUCAGAGAGAUAUUGCAGUCCCGGAGGAUCUGGCGAGAGACCCAUCUGCUAUGAGUGUUGUUCCGAGGUGGUUAUCAAAGGCUGCAAAGAAAGAAGAUCAUGGCAAGAUCGUUUCAGACAGAUUUCUUCAUAUUGAGCAAGCAGAGUUGGCAAGGAUGACAAAAGCAUUGACACAAGGCGUUCGAUACGGAAAUGGGCCAGAAGCCUCUAAUAAUUCCAAUGAUGUUCAGAUAGCUGGUGUUGAGAAGGGCAGCAAAAACAGAUACAACAAUAUUUGGCCGUUCGAGCAUGCCAGAGUGAAACUACAAGGUCGUACAGAAGGCACGUGUGAUUAUGUUAACGCAAGUCAUAUUAAAGCAUCAAGGAGUAAUAAACGUUACAUUGCUUCUCAAGGGCCCUUGCCUGCAACCUUUGAAGAUUUCUGGAGUGUUAUUUGGGACCAAGAUGUACGAGUCAUUGUCAUGUUGACUGCGGAAGCAGAGGGGGGACAACUGAAAUGCCACUCAUAUUGGUCUAGUAACGAAUAUGGUCACCUCAAGCUUAAAUUGGUAUCCGAAAAGAAAGUUCACCUUGAUGCCACUAAGCAUCGAAAUUCAACCGACAGGCGAGAUUCUGGACGAAAGCGCGCAAGUACUACUCAAGUCACACCCCCAUCUCCUACAACGGAUGAUGCUCAUGUCAUCGUCCGUAAAUUUACACUUUCCCAUGCCGCCCAUCCUUUUACACCAAUGCGAGAAAUUACACAAGUACAUUAUUCUUCCUGGCCAGAUUUUGCUUCUCCGGCAAAACCCAGUCAUUUACUCGCUCUUAUACACCUCGCCAAUUCUAUGCAACGCGCCUCCGCUUCCGUAACCGAAACCCCCCGGUCGGGUGAACCAGAAGGAGAAAAUACAAGACCAAUGCUUGUACAUUGUAGUGCGGGCUGUGGUCGCACGGGAACCUUUUGCACAAUUGAUUCUGUGAUUGAUAUGUUGAAACGUCAACGCAAAGAACAAAAACAUGGUACUACACCUAUGGAAUUCGACGAUUCUAGUACUGGGGAUUAUAUGGGGCGGGGAAGACCGGGGAAGAAAGCGGAUAUGGAUUGGGUUUUUGAUCAAGAUACCGAUUUGGUGGAGAAAACGGUUGAGGAUUUUAGAGGACAGAGAUUAAGCAUGGUACAAAAUCUACUGCAGUAUGUACUUUGUUACGAAACGGUUUUGGAAUGGGUGGCGCAGCAGGUGAUGGGGAAUGGAAAUGGAAAUGGAAAUGGAAAGGGAGGCGAGGGUUCAAGGGGUAUUAGAGAUAGAAGUGGUAGUUUGAGUGAGUAUCAAUAUUAAGUAAUAAGAAAGUUAUGAGAGACUUGAUUAAUAGAAAGUCGAAUGGUGUAGAAACAUUAUUCUGCUCAUGCUUCUUUUUGAACUAUAUAUUUUUUUGGUUUUUGAUUCGAGAUUCGGGAUUCUGGAUUUGGGGUUCUAGAUUUGGGAUUUGGGAUUUGUCACGAAUCGAUGAUUAUUUGAGAAAAUGUAUGUAUAUGUAUAUGUAUAUAUCUACCUACCUACCUACAUACUUCCUACGUACCUAACUACGUACUACAUACUACCUAGGUAGGUAGGUAGGGAGGGAUCAUACGAAUAUAAUGGAUGGACGACAAUAAAUAAAUAAACAAACAAACAAAUAAACAGAUGAGCAAGCGAGUUAGCUUGAUGAUUUAUUUGAGUAUGGUAUGGUAUGGUAUGGUAUGGUAUGGUAUGGUAUAUGUGUAUAUGUGUAUAUGUGUAUAUGUGUAUUUAUAUUUGUUUUUGUUUUUUAUAUUAAAUGAGAUGAGGAAGACUGGAUGGAUGGAUGGAUGGAUGGAUGGAUAAACGGAUAAAUGGAUUGAUGAUACUCGUACCGUUGAGGAAUUGGAUAGUUCA